AUGCUCGAAGCCAAGCUCUCCGAGGCCGCAAUUCUCAAGCGCCUCAUGGACGCCGUGAAGGAGCUCGUCUCCGACGCGAACUUUAACUGUAACGAAGAGGGCAUCACGCUGCAGGCGAUGGACAACUCCCACGUCGCGCUCGUCGCGGUCAAGCUCGACGCGCAGGGCUUCAAGCGCUACCGCUGCGACCGGACGAUCCCGCUCGGGGUGAACGUCGGUUCGCUGACGAAGGUGCUCAAGUGCGCCAAGGACGACGAUAUCUGCAUCCUCAAGGCGGGCGACGACGCCGACAUCCUCACGCUCACGUAUGAGUCCAAGAACACGGACCGGAUCGCGGAGUACGAGAUGAAGCUGAUGGAGAUCGACGCGGACACCCUCGGGAUCCCGGACACGGACUACGACGCGUCGGUGACGAUGCCGUCGAGCGAGUUCGCGCGGAUCGUGCGCGACCUGUCCGUUCUCGGCGAGUCCGUCCGGCUCGAGGUCUCGAAGGAGGGUGUCCGGUUCGUGUCCGACGGCGAGACCGCGAACGGGAAUAUCUUGCUCAAGCAGACGGCGGAGGCGGGCAAGAAGAAGGGCUCCAAGCCCGCGAAGAAGGUGAAGAAAGAUGCGGAAGACGACGACGACGAUUUCGAGGGGGUGCGGAUUGAGAUGAACCAGGCCGUCACCCUCACGUUCUCCCUCAAAUACCUGGUCAACUUCUCGAAAAGUUCGUCACUCGCGAAGAAGGUGCAGCUCAUGAUGAGCAACGAUGUCCCGCUCUUGGUUUCGUAUGAGUUCAACCAGGGGUACAUCCGCUACUACCUUGCCCCAAAAAUCGGCGACGACUAG